AUGGAUACACACAAGCUUGCUCUGAUUGACAGCCAAACAGGAAACAUUAGAGAUCUUGAAGUUGCUGAGGACUAUGUAUCCAUGGACGAGGCAAAUAGGUCUGGACGAGUGGGAAUUCAUGCAGUUAGUGGAUUGGCCUCAGAUCCAACUCUUGACUUUUUGAAGCAGCAUGGAAUAAGUUCAAUGCCAAAAUCUGUAGUAUAUGGUUACACUGCUUCUGGCUAUGGUUUUGUUCAAGACAUGCCCUAUGCUUUCAUACAUGAGUUUACUAGAACCUCUAUGGCUGGCAAGAUCCGACGUUUCAAGCAUGGUUACAUGAGCUUGUGGGAGAAACUUAGUCGUUCAUUACCAUUUGAAAUUCUUUGUGGCACGGAGGUUCUCAGAGUCAAGCGUGACAACUGUGUCGCAAGUGUAACCAUCAAGAAUAUCAAUGAUGAUGUAGAAGUUAGGGAGUUUGAUAAAAUUAUAUUGUCAGGUGCUCUUCCUUUCAAGAAUGGGAAAACAUAUCGAUCUUUGAGUAUGACUGAUGGAGAAAAUGAAGUGGUAGAACUGAAUGAUCUUGAAAGAGAGCUAUUCAGUAAGGUACGGACGAUUGACUACUAUACAACUGUUGUUAAGAUUGAAGGAUUUCAGCACAUGCCAAAGGGCUUUUUCUACUUUGGGGAAUACAUGGAGGAUCCAACAACAGUAGGGCAUCCAGUGGCAAUGCAAAGAUUCUUUGCUGACACAAAUAUUUUCUUGUUCUGGUCUUAUGGGAAUUCAGCAGACAUCAAGGAGUCAUAUGUGGCUAAAUGUGUAACCAAUGUUGUGACAUCUAUGGGAGGAACUGUGCAGAAAGUGCUUUUACAGCGGCGAUUCAAAUAUUUCCCUCAUGUCAGCAGUGAAGACAUGAAAAAUGGAUUCUACGAGAAGGUGGAGUCUCAGUUGCAAGGCUUUCAGAACACUUACUUUGUUGGAGGUCUGCUAGCGUUUGAGCUAACUGAAAGAAAUGCGUUAUACUCCAUCUCAGCUGUUUGUAAACACUUUGCCAUUGCCAGUGAGAUACCAAUGGUUCCUUAUGUUAAGAGACUUUUUCCUCUAUCCAAAGGAAAUCCUUCACCUCCUAGACAUAUUGGUGAGCUUGAAGGAGUUGAAUUCCCCCAUCUUCCAUCCCUGGAUGGAUAUUUACAAUACUGGGGAACUCAUAGAGUCACUGCAGAGAAGGUUAUCUACACUUGGAUCAACGAAGAAGGGAAGAUCGUGAAUCGUAGAACCUACCAGGAGCUUCAUGAUAAUGCAUCUUACAUUGCAUAUAGGCUAUUGACAAGCACAAAGCCUAUUAUCAAGCCUGGUGACAGAGUUCUUCUUAUUCAUCUACCUGGUUUGGAGUUUGUUGAUGCAUUCUUUGGAUGCAUCAGAGCAGGAGUUAUACCAGUCCCAGUUUUGCCCCCUGACCCAAUGCAAAGGGGUGGGCAAGCACUUCUGAAAGUUGAGAAUGUCUCUAAGGUGUGCAAUGCUGUGGCAAUUCUAUCCACCUCUUCAUACCAUGCUGUUGUACGUGCAGGCUAUAUCAAGAAUAUUGUCACUCUAGCAAAGAGUGCUCAGAAAUUCUCAGCUCAGUGGCCUGACCUCCCAUGGAUUCACACUGACUCAUGGAUUAAGAACUAUCGACGAAGUCCAGACAGUUUCAACUCAGAAAGUGUUGUGCCUAUGAUUACCAAGCCCCAGCCAAGUGAGUUGUGCUUUCUACAAUUCACUUCAGGUUCCACUGGUGACGCCAAGGGUGUGAUGAUAACACAUGGUGGACUAAUCCACAAUGCGAAGAUGAUGAAGGAGCGAUAUAGAAGUACUUCAAAAACUGUCCUUAUCAGUUGGCUUCCACAGUACCAUGACAUGGGUCUAAUAGGGGGUCUUUUCACUACUCUUGUAAGUGGAGGAACUUCCAUUCUAUUUUCACCAAUGACAUUUAUCAGAAACCCCCUCCUAUGGCUCAAAACAAUAAGUGACUACCAUGGAACACACAGUGCAGGGCCAAACUUUGCAUUUGAAUUGGUUACAAGACGGCUUGAGGCUGAGAAAAACAAAAUGUAUGACCUCUCUUCAAUGAUCUUCCUCAUGAUUGCCGCAGAGCCAGUGAGGCAAAAAACUGUCAAAAGGUUCAUAGAGUUGACUCAACCUUUGGGCUUUUCUGAAGGUGUACUUGCUCCUGGAUAUGGCCUGGCUGAGAAUUGUGUCUAUGUUAGCUGUGCUUUUGGUGAAUGCAAGCCCAUUUUUAUAGACUGGCAGGGAAGAAUAUGUUGUGGGUAUGUUGAUCCAAAUGAUGCAGAUGUUGUGAUCAAAAUUGUUGAUCCAGACUCUUUGACAGAGCAUCAAGAGGAUGGUGCUGAGGGUGAGAUAUGGAUCAGCAGUUCUAGUUCUGGAGUUGGUUAUUGGAACAAUAAGGAAACAAGCCAGAGAACCUUUUGCAAUUGUCUCAAGAAUUACCCUAACAUAAAGUUUACAAGAACUGGUGAUUUAGGACGGAUCAUUGAUGGUAAACUUUUUAUUACAGGAAGGAUCAAAGAUCUUAUCAUUGUUGCUGGUAGAAAUAUUUAUUCUGCAGAUGUAGAGAAGACAGUGGAAGGUUCUUCUGAUGUUCUUCGACCAGGCUGUUGUGCUGUUGUUGGUGUUCCUGAGGAAGUUUUAACCCAGAAAGGCAUCUCAAUCCCUGAUUCUUCUGAUCAGGUUGGACUUGUCGUGAUCGCUGAGGUUAGGGAGGGUAAAGUAGCCUCUGAAGAGAUUGCAGACAGCAUCAGAACACAUGUAGCCGAGGAGCAUGGUGUAACUAUUGCAUCUAUCAAGCUUAUCAAGCCUAGAACCAUAUCCAAGACAACAUCUGGGAAAAUACGGAGAUUUGAAUGCAUGAAGCAAUUUGUUGAUAAUACUCUUAGCUUAGCAAGUGGUAUUUCAAAGGAUAAAAUUUCCCCAAAUGACAGCCUACCUUCUUAUGGUUUUGACUCGAUUGCAGUGGUCCGAGCAGCACAAAAGCUCUCAGAUUUUCUUGGUACACCUGUUGGAGCAAUUGACAUCUUUACUGCGAGCAGCAUUUCAGAGCUUGCUAACUCCUUGGAGAAUCUGGUGCUUAAGUCACAACCACAGCUGGCACCUCAGCCUAGAAGCAAAUGGUCCGAGCUGCUCAGAAGCUCUCAGAUUUUCUUGGUAUUCCUGUUGGAGCCAUUGACAUUUUUACAGCAAGCGGUAUUGCUGAGCUUGCCAGCUUCUUGGAGAAUUUGGCGCGCAUGCAAGUCACAACCACAGUUAGAACCUGAUGUAUCUCACUCCGCUGAAGAUGAGAAUCUAGUUAUCACAGAUGCCACUAGUUUAGAUCUUAGCGUGUUUGCUACUGGGACCCUCCAACUCCUGGCUCUUACUUAUGUCUGUUUUAUCCUGCUACUCCCAGCAUAUCUCGCAAGCUCGAUGUACAUGAGCAUAUCUUCAGUCAGUCUGGUGAAAUCAUCAUCACUACUGAGCUAUCUUAGUUCUUUGGUCUUGGCACCUAUUGCAUGGAUCUGCUAUGCCUUGUUCACUUCAUUAUCCCUGUCUACCUUGGGGAAGCCAUUCCUUCAGCCAAAUUAUGUUUUAACCCCUGAUAUUUCGAUAUGGUCGGUUGACUUUGUGAAAUGGUGGGCACUAAACAAGGCACAAUCAUUAGCAGCAAAGAUGCUAGCUGUGCAUCUAAAGGGCACAGUCUUCUUGAAUUAUUGGUUCAAGAUGCAAGGAGCUCGGAUUGGUUCACAUGUUGUCAUUGAUACGGUAGACAUCACUGACCCAUCCUUACUAGCAGUCGCAGAUGGUGCAGUGAUCGCAGAAGGUGUUCUCAUUCAGAGCCAUGAAGUCCGUAAUGAAGUGCUGAGUUUCAGGCAUAUCAAGAUUGGUCAGAAGGCAUCAAUUGGCCCUUAUGCGGUGAUCCAGAAGGGAACUGUUGUGCAUGGUGGCGCUGUCGUUCCACCAUUGCAAAAGACUGAGCAAGCGAAAUCAGCAUAUCCUCCUAGCGGAGCUUCUGCGUACAUGAAGGACGAAGCAGGGACAGCAAACAUGGCAUUUGAACACCUCGUUAGCAUCUAUGCAGUUGGCUUCUUGGGUGCUUUAUCAGGUGCAACAGUCUUCAUGUUGUACACCCACUUUUCAGGCACCACGGCUUCGCUUCAGCACUUCUCCUUUGCAUGUGUUGCUGGUGCUUUCCAUUGGUUGCCAGCUGUCAUUGCCGCUUAUGCUGUGAUUGUCCAGGAGACAACCAAGAGCCCAGUGGAAUUUGCUCUCUUCAUUGCCUUCGCCUACUUAAGUUAUGGGAUCAUUGUUAGUCUUCUCACCAGUGUCACCAACAAAGCUCUUGCUACAAGGUCAGGGACCAAGAAGAAGGAUAUGGCAAGUUUGAUCCAGCAGCGCAUAACCAUCGCCGCACACCUCAGAUUUGCAAAGAUGAUAUCGGGUACAGAAGCCUUCUGCAUGUACUUGAGGCUUCUUGGAGCAAAGAUUGGCAGGCAUUGCUCUAUCCGAGCCAUCAAUCCGGUGGCAAAUCCUCAGCUGAUCAGCAUUGGUGAUGGGGUCCAUCUAGGUGAUUUCUGCAAUAUUGUUCCAGGGUUCUACUCAAAGGGGUUUACCAGUGCAGAGAUUAAGGUCCAGGACAACACUGUGGUUGGCAGUGGCAGCUUGCUCCUUCCUGGCUCUGUCCUCCAAGAGAAUGUCAUCCUGGGAGCACUAUCUGUCGCCCCACAGGGUUCGGUUCUCCUUCAAGGUGGCGUCUAUGUCGGGGCGCAGUCUCUGACCUUGGUGAAGAACACCUUGCUCACAGAAGAUGAACGGAUUGCAGAGAUGGACCCGAUGUAUAAGAAGAUUGUUGGGAACCUUGCGGCGAACCUGGCCAUCACUACCAUGAACGUCAAGUCAAGAUACUUCCACCGCAUUGGCGUCAGCGGGCGGGGGGUCCUGAGGAUGUACCAAGAUAUACCUUCGCUGCCCAAGCACAAGAUAUUUGGCGCCGGCAAGUCUUUCCCGGUGAUUGUCCGGCACAGCAACAGCCUCAGCGCAGAUGACGACGCAAGGCUCGACGCUCGUGGCGCAGCAGUGCGGAUCCUCUCGGAUGACGGCGAGGUGCCUCUUCUUGACCUCACACUGAAGAGUGGAAAGGCGUUCUACGCGCGCACAAUCGCCGACUUCGCCACCUGGCUUGUUUGUGGCCUGCCGGCGAGGGAAGAGCAAGUGAAGCGUGCACCGCACAUCCGCGACGCCGUCUGGGGCUCGUUGCGGAACACCGACUCGUACACCAUGCUUCAUUACUACUCAAACAUAUGCCGGCUGCUGCGGUUCGAGGACGGUAGGCAGAUGUACGCAAAGUUCAAGCUUCGUCCUGCGGACCAAGGCAUCUCGGAGGACUCCGGCCAAGUGGUGCCGCGUGGCAUCCUGCCACCGGAAACUGGUGCGAUCGCGAGGGACGAGGGUGACACACGCCCGCUGCUCUUCCUCGCUGACGACUUCCGCCGGAAGGUGCAGUCUCCCGAGGGGGUGCGCUAUGUCUUCCAGCUGCAGCUCAGGGAUGUCCCUGCUGACAGCGCCGCUCGCGACAUCGCUCUAGACUGCACACGGCCUUGGGACGAGGCCGAGUUCCCGUACAUCGAAGUCGGAGAGAUAAGCAUUGGCAGCAAUCUCCCAGCAGAGGAGACGGAGAAGCUCGAGUUCAACCCGUUCCUGCGGUGCCAAGAGGUGGACGUGAUCUCGGCGACGUCCUGCAAGCAGAGCGCGUCCAUCGACCAUGGGCGCUCGCUGGUCUACGAGAUCUGCCAGCGCGUGCGAAAUGGCGAGCCACUGCCGGCCUCGUGGCGAGCGUUCCUCGAGCAGUCAGACACCAAGAUCGACUUGUCAGGCUGUCCGGUCAUCGCGGCGACGCGCUCAAGCUCGGACGUCCAUCAAGCCACCAAGGUGACGCUGGCUCGGACAUGGUACCAGGCGCUCUGGGCCACGCUGUGCCAGCCACUGCUGCAGACUCUCCUGCCGUACUUCGUCGUGGGACUAGUCAUCUUCCUCCCCCUCCGUGGCCUCCUCGCCUCCACGGCCACCGGCAUGCCACUCUACUGGACUCUGCCCAUCUUCUGGGCCAUGUCAGGCGUCGCCGCGAUGGGUGCCUGUGCCGCAGCGAAGUGGGCCCUGGUUGGCAGGCGGGCCGACGGUGACACGGUGCACAUCUGGUCGCCGCCUGUGUUCCUGGACACGAUCUGGCAGGCCGUGCGCACGGCGACCGCGGAGUACUUCGCGGAGCUUACUCCCGGGUCCGUGCUGUUCGCUGGGUGGAUGCGGGCGAUGGGCGCAUCCGUGGCCGUGUCCGGUGGCGUGUACGUGGACUCCAUGGGCGCGCUGCUGAACCCGGAGAUGGUGCACCUGGAGCGCGGUGCAAGCGUGGGGCGGGACGCGCUGCUGUUUGGCCACGUGUACGAGGGCGAGGGCGGGGAGGUGAAGUUUGGCAGGGUCCACGUGGGCGAGGAUGGGUUCGUCGGCAGCCGCGCGGUGGCCAUGCCGGGCGUCAGGGUCGACGACGGCGGCUGCCUCGGUGCCCUGCGGCUGGCCAUGAAGGAGGAGAUCGUGAUGAACAGGAUGUAG